AUGAAUCUUCCCUCCGUUACCCUUUUGAUUUAUACCAUCACUAUCAACCUGAGAUAUUCAAACACGAGGGCAAUACUUCCCCGAGAUUAUCACUCGUCUUUCCAACCAUCCUCCGCCGUCUAUGAAAAAGAAGAUACGAUGAAUGAGUAUUUUAACCUCCCGAAGCCUGGCUCAACUGUCUCUGUUAGACUUCAGGUCUCGAAAGAUCUUGGAGCUCUCGAUUCAAUUUCUUCAAUGGAAAAUUUUGAAAAUGAUGAACGGUUCACUGGCAAGACAAUCGUGCUUAGCCCGAUGGAUUUCUCGAUCCGACUUCGGGAUGAAAAUGUAGAUAACAACACGAUUCUUCUUCCGAUAGUCUUGGCUUUGGACAGACGCGACUCUGAUGAAACUGACAACCCAACCAUUUCCAACUCUGAGAUCAAGCGCUCGGGCUUCCCUGGUGGCCCAGAAGAUCCGAGUAGGAAUGACUCCGGUUUACUGAGUUCGCAUUUAGCGGGAAACAACUACUUCCUCAUCACUCUUCUUUCACAAAACAUUUCGGAUGCGGAGACCCAUGGCCAUACUACAAAUUGGACGGUUUUAAUCAUCGCUCGACAUAUCACCAGCCCCGAGACGUUUAAUUUAACCUGGGUUGUUAUCGCAAUCAUCGUGUUGAUAGUUCUACUUCUCGCUGGAAUUUGCCCGAUAAUUUUAGCCUAUGGCGACUUUCUCGGAGGCGGAAGAGAAGAUGAAGAAAAGAUGAUGGUAGAUCUGAUUACGCCGUUCAGACACCAGGAUUAUCCGACCGAAAUCCAGAAAGUCGAUACCGGUUUCCGAUCGCUUGGACCGGACCGAUCCAGUACAGCGGAUAUCAGCAAACAUCUUCAACUGAAACACGGUAACAUUGUUGGCAACCUCAAAACCAAUGGAGAACUCGAUCAGGAUGGCGACGCGAUCAGUCUCGACGAUUUCAAGAUUUGUCAAGCCAGAAAAAUGAUUAACCUUCAACCGUUCAGACCACCAGGCCAUGAUUAUAACGAGAAAAUUUCACCCGAUGACAUUGGUUCGCUCGUGUCUCCUACCGCUAGUACAUCUACGUCUAGUUUUACUGCCAAUAACCCGAUCUCUCCUCUCAGUACAAUCACUUCCCCAACCAGCUUCCAAAGUCUCGCAUUUUCUGAUUAUCAUAGCCCACUUCCAAGCUUACCCAAAAAAUGUAUCACAACUUGA